AUGGUCAGCAAAACCGAGCAACGGGACUUUCAUCACCCAUACACGCCCUAUGAUAUACAAAAUGAGUUCAUGGGCGCUGUGUACGAAUGUUUAGAAAAUGGCCAGGUCGGCAUCUUUGAAUCACCGACCGGGACAGGCAAGUCACUGAGCCUGAUAUGCGGCUCCUUGACAUGGUUGAGAGACCACAAAAGGAGGACUUUUGAAGAAGGAUUUGCAGCCGAUACAGCGAAUAGCGAAGAGCCAUCGUGGAUCGUCGAGCAUGCGCAAAAGCAACGUAAGCAAGAAGCACUUCGUCGCAAACAAGAGUUGAAUGAACGCAUUGCAAAAAUCAAAGCAAAAGAGAAGCGUGCAAAAGAGCGCUAUGAGAAUGGCGAGUCAAGUUACAAGAGACGGAAGGUUGUGUCGGGUGAAACGAACGAUGACGAUGAAGCACAAUUCGUGCUUGAUGACUAUGAAAGCGACCAGGAAUCUCAAAAGCGGGCAAGAGGCGGUACCUUUAAUGAGUCUGGACUAUCGGCAGAAACACAGGCAUUGAUGGCAUCGUUGGGGUAUGCUGACGAUGCUCCGAAGAACGACGAUGGGGAGGUGCCCGACGAGACAAAGAUAUUUUUCUGUUCCCGCACACACUCUCAACUGACGCAGUUUUCGAGUGAAUUGGGUCGGGUCAAGAUGCCGCCUGCUAUUGCUCUAGAUGAUGAUACGAACGUCGCUGAUAUAGAUUCCCUUGUGGAAGAUGUCAAACACCUUACACUCGGAUCAAGGAAGAAUCUAUGUAUUAAUGAUAAAGUCAAUAACCUCGGAAGCGCCACUGCUAUCAACGAACGAUGCCUAGAGCUGCAACAGAAUAGCAGCACCGAAAGCCGAUGCCCACAUAUGCCGAGUAAAGAAAGCGAACCUCUAAUCAACAACUUCCGUGAUCAUGCGCUUGCAAAGAUCAGAGACAUUGAGGAUCUCGGAUCGCUGGGCAAGAAGCUGGGAGUAUGUCCCUAUUAUGCUUCAAGACCAGCGACGAAGUACUGCGAGAUUGUAACCUUGCCGUAUCCAUUGCUUUUACAACGUACUGCUCGCGAGGCAUUUGGGCUAUCUCUUAAAGAUCAUGUCGUCAUUAUUGAUGAAGCGCACAACUUGAUGGAUGCUAUAGUAGGCAUUUACUCCGUUUCCGUAACGCUCGGCCAAGUUCAACAAGCGCGCGCCCAGCUUACAGCCUAUCUUCAAAAGUUUCGCAACAAGCUAAAAGGGAAGAAUCGAGUCUACGUUGCCCAGACAGUCAGGAUCCUGGAUUCGAUCCUUGCAUAUUUGCAGUCUAUCGACGCCGAUCCAAAGGCAACUGACGGCCUGGUUGACAUGGUGUCUAUAAUGUCCGGAAAGGGUGUCGACCAGAUCAAUGUUUUCAAGCUCAAUGCAUACCUCCAAGAAAGCAGACUUGCUCGAAAGGUUGACGGAUAUACCGCGUACGCUGAGCAAACAGUCGAUGAGUCGACAAAGCAAGUGUCCAAGAAGGGACCCCGUCACAGUGUUCCUGUACUCAUGCAUGUACAAGCUUUUCUGCUGUCCUUAAUGAACCCUUCUGCGGAAGGCCGAUUCUUCUACUCAAAGGAGGAUAGCGUAACAACGCUGCGAUACAUGCUUCUCGACCCUACAUUUCAUUUCAAAGAUAUCGUUGAAGAAGCAAGAGCAGUAGUACUUGCGGGCGGUACAAUGUCCCCAAUGAGCGACUAUGAGCAGCAUCUGCUAUCAUAUCUGGACCCUUCGAAGAUCAAAACGCUGUCCUGCGGGCAUGUCAUACCGCCUUCGAACCUGCUCGCUGUACCCGUCGUACGAGCGACUAGUGGUGCCGAGUUCGACUUUACUUUUGAAACCCGCAACAAAGAAAAGACCAUGGUUGAUCUCGGGGUCGCUAUUUCGGCUUUUGCGCGAGACAUACCCGAUGGAGUGGUGGUUUUCUUCCCCAGCUACUCGUAUCUGGACACCUGUAUCGCGGCGUGGAAGCGCCUGAAGCCAUCACAAUCAAACAUUACCCUUUGGGAUACUUUCAAAAACAGCAAGCCGGUGUUCUUAGAGCAGCGCAGUCAACAGAAUAUAGACACGUCAUCGGCGGUCAAGGAGGCAGCUGUCGACUCGGUUCUCAAUGCUUACAGUGCGGCAAUCGCAUCUGGUAACGGCCGAGGUGCGCUGCUCUUUGCCGUCAUUGGUGGAACGCUAUCCGAGGGCAUCAACUUCAGUGACGCACUGGGCCGAGGUGUUGUCGUCGUUGGUCUUCCAUUUCCGAAUGCGCAUUCAGCGGAGUGGAAAGCAAAGAUGCAGUAUAUCGCUGCCAAAGAAGCAAAAAACGGUGGUGACGGCAAGGCAGCAGCACGCGAGUUUUACGAGAACGCAUGUAUGCGCUCUGUGAAUCAAUGUGUGGGACGGGCUAUCAGACAUAAAGGUGAUUAUGCGGCCAUUUUGAUGUUGGACAGACGGUAUGGGAGCAAGCGGAUACAGGAUAAGCUACCCAAGUGGAUUAGGGGUAGUCUGACUGGUGGGCUGGGCGUGAAGGACGUGGAGGGGAAUCGAGAUGCCGAAAACAGGGGCGCAUAUACGACUGUUGCACAAACCGAGGAUGCAAGCGCAAGGUUGACUGUUCACGGCAAAAUUGCAGAUGAGGGCUCGGAGGACACAGGUCUUGAACCGCCCGUUCAUAUCGGAGCUGUUCCCACAUCAGAAGACGACCUCUUUCUUCCGCGGGUAGCUGACACUCUUCCUCGCGGCGCCUUCUUGGUCGCUAUCGUGGAGCUAUGUGAGCGCUUUGCCUACUAUGGUUUAUCAGGGCCAUUCCAAAACUACAUCGCCAACGGAUACAACGACGCCAAUGGUCUUCCUGGAGCUCUUGGCCUAAAACAGUCAGGCGCUACUGCAAUGACCAAUUUUUUCCAGUUCUGGUGCUAUUUAACGCCCUUGUUCGGGGCCAUUGUUGCGGACCAGUAUCUCGGCAAGUACGCAACUAUCAAAUGGUUCAGUCUGAUUUACAUGGGCGGGAUCACGAUUCUCUUUUUGACGAGCUUGCCAUGGGCUAUCCGGAGUGGGGCCGCUUUCCCCGGUCUUGUUGUUGCCAUGUUAAUCAUUGGACUCGGUACGGGUGGUAUCAAAAGUAAUGUGUCACCAUUGAUCGCUGAGCAAGUUCGGUCCAACAGGCCUUUUGUCAAAACUCUGCCAAGUGGGAAAAAAGUCGUUGUCGACCCAGAGCUCACUGUGCAGAGGAUCUACAUGGUAUUCUACAUGUGCAUAAACGUUGGUUCGAUAUCUGCAAUCGCAACCACAAUGCUGGAGUUGCAUGUUGGUUUCUGGGGCGCAUACCUUUUACCGCUGAUCAUGUUUUGCGUCGGUUACGUGAUACUAGUAAGAGGGAAGAAGCAAUACAUCAUCAAACCGCCUCAAGGUGGUGUUAUUGGUAACUGCUUCCGGGCUCUGUACAUUGCCGCAAGGAAUGGCGGCGACCUUAACAAAGCGAAAGCCUCGGCCCAAGGACAUGGAAGACUCAAGUCAAGAGUGACCUGGGACGAUAAGUUUGUCGAAGAGCUGAAGACAGCACUGGUGGCAUGUAAAGUUUUCUUGUUCUUUCCCAUCUAUUGGGUCACGUUCUCGCAGAUGUUGAACAACUUUAUAUCGCAAGCUGGACAGAUGGAGCUACAUGGUCUUCCUAACGACAUUCUGCCCAAUAUCGAUCCCAUCACGAUCAUCAUACUAAUUCCACUUAUGGACCGCUUCAUCUACCCAUUCAUCCGUACCCGUCUGCAUCUUGCCUUCCAGCCGAUAAUGCGCAUUUCGCUUGGCUUCUUGGUAGCUGCACUCGCUAUGUUGUACGCUGGUAUCCUCCAAACAUACAUCUACGCAGCACCUCCAUGCUAUUAUAGCCCUUCGAACUGCAACGCGGGCAAAAUCGGGGAGGGAAGGUUCAAACCAAACGAAAUUCACGUUGCGUGGCAAGCACCAGCAUAUGUGCUUGUCGCUCUUAGCGAAAUUCUCGCCAGUAUCACGGGAUUGGAGCUGGCGUAUGCGAAAGCGCCAGAGAAUAUGAAGAGCUUUAUCAUGAGCUUGUUUCUUCUUACAAACGCCGGUGGCAGUGUAUUAGGCAUACUCAUUGCACCCCUGGCAAGAGACCCUCAUCAGCAGUGGCUGUAUUUUGGCUUGGCAAGCGCUGCUGCAGUUACCGGCAUUAUCUUUUACCGGAUGUUCAAGAAUAUCGAUGACAGCCCCAUUAAAGAGGUACAAAAUGCUGAAGAAUACGAAAUGACGCGAAGAUUGAGUCCAGACGAUGAAGAAUAUUACAGCGACGAUGGAGGAGUUGCAGAUCAUUCCACACGAGCCUGA